AUGGAUUAUUACGGGCACUUCAUAACUGUGCAGCUCAUCUUUGCAUUGGUGUUUGUUAUUUAUACCUCGAGCAGUCACUGUACAAACGGACUAUGUGAAAAGAUAUCUCUUUCCUUGGCCACUGACUCAAAAUACAACACUACUCUUGUUGGUUACGUCUUUGAAAGAUUGAGCGUCGCGAGCUGGCAGCAAUGUUCCCACACUUGCGUGGCGAAUUGUCAGUGUCUUUCGUUCAACUUCAACCGGGUAAACACAACAGAAAAUUGUGAGCUGAACGAUGCUUACAGUAAACUGACGCCAGGAGCACUUGAUGGAAAGGAAGGGGUCAACUACUACGAGCCAGUCAGAAAUUACUUCGACAAAAAUGGAGUUUCCCAACAAACUUGCUCUGACCCAAUUUGCCAAACUCAUUGCUGUGACUCCGCCCCCUGUCAAAAUGGAGGCACUUGUCAUAACAUAUGUCACGUGAACAAAAGAAGAUUCCACUGCGAUUGUCCACGGGUCUUCAUAGGACACAGGUGCCAAUAUCCUCUAAUUCCACGGUCAUGCCAAGAUAUCAGGAUUCUUAACAAAACAUCUUCAAAUGGAAUUUUUAGCAUCGUGGACCAAUUCAACAACUCCUUCCCAGUAUAUUGCGAUUUUCAUUCAGAAUCAGGUUUCGCGUGGACUCUGAUCCAGUCCCACUCUUUGCAAAACAAGGGCCUCUUCAAUGGAAAAGCAUUUUAUAUGCACGACUUUCCAACCAAUGUAGAUACGCCUGGAUGGAACAGUUACCGCCUUGCAAAGUCCCGAAUGCAGUCCAUCCGGGAUGUCUCCUCUCACUGGCGUGCCACGUGCAAUUUCUUGACCGAUAAAAUCGAUUUUCGAGAUUACAUUCGCACGACCUUCGCUAAAAACGACCUUUUAGCUGUGCCUGACGUAAAUUUUCGCUGUGCUUGGUACGAGUUGGUCAACAUCCGUGGAAACAGGUGUGAAGACUGCACAGCUUACUCUCCUUACGGUCCAAAGUAUGGUUAUCAUAUCGACAGUUGGUGGCAGCCACAAGAGUGUGAGUUUGACGGAAGGCCAGGGGGAAUAGACGAUGAAGACAACUUUGGUGAAUAUGGCCAUGUUAACUCAGCGUUCCGUUGCUCGUCCUCGUCAACCUCUACAACUGAAUUCUGGAUCGGCGGCCCUUAAAUAAUUGACAUUGAACCGAACGAGUUUCAGUUUUGCUCGCGAUGAGAAGGUCAGCGGCAAAUU